GUGUAAUGUUCAGUCCCCCAGACACCAGGACAAAGGUGGCGGAAACAUUUUGUUAAGGAAUUUCUACCACAAAAAGAAAAUGACUUUUGCGCCGAAAUGUUUGCGGACUGUGUAACCACUGGAAUAAUAUUGCACUGCAAUAUCGUCAAUGUGCAUAUCGGCGCGGGUGUACGAAACAAAGCUGUAUUUUGCAGAUAAGAAUGGGCAAUAUUUAGGUGCCCGCAGUUUUCAUAUGUAGUGUAGGCUGUAUGUGUGGGCGGGGACACCUUCGCAGGUUUACAAUAUUGCGUUGGCAAAACCAUCAAAAGACACAUUUUUGUGUUCGUUUUAAAAUGUUUGCUGUAUAAAUUAUGCGUAUGCUUUAUUAAACCACGACCGUGCACGACAUCUGAAGGAAGGCUACGUUUAUACAGAUUGACGGCCCAGGGUCGGCUUUUGGUACAGCGCCGAUGCGCUGCCGGAGACGGCGUGCGGGACUCCGGCGGCCGGCCUGCGCUCCUGACGGCUUGCAGUGAACGGCGGCGAUGGCCGUGGAGCGGCUGGAGAUGGGGGACCGGCAACCGGAAAACGGCUUCGUGUCGUGCGAAGCCGCGUCCCCGGGGUUUCUGUCCAGCGUCGACAACAAAGUGCUGCCUAAUCUCGGCGGAUUUGGGAAAUACCAGAAACAGCUGGUUGUCCUGACGUGGAUCCCGGCUCUGUUCAUCGGUUUCAGCCAAUUCUCCGAUUAUUUUCUUUUAGCCCAGCCGAAUAUCACAUGCCUGGACCCGUCUGCCAACGCCAGCAAUUUCACUGGGGGUCCUGCGCUAUUUGACUCGAACGGCAGCCUGCUUUCACGAUAUAGUUUUGGUAAUGGCACCCUCCAGGAUAACAGCAGUAUUCCGUGUGAGUGCAAGGACCGCAGAUAUAAGCUGGAAAUGGGACUCGACCGAAAUGUGGUCACUAAGUGGAAUCUGGUGUGUGAUAACGCAUCGAUGGUCCACAUCGCUAAGUUCACCCUGCUGGUGGGGUCCAUUAUUGGAUACUUGGUUAUGGGAGUCCUUGCUGAUUGGUUUGGCCGUCACCCAGUCCUUGUCAUCUCCGUGCUAUUCAUGCUCGUCUUCGGUCUCUCCGUGGCGUUUUCGGUGGACGAAACCAUGUUCAGCACACUCCGGGUCUUCGAGGGAUUCUGCCUGGCUGGGAUCAAUCUCUCCCUCUACGUGCUCAGAAUCGAGCUUUGCCUCCCCCGCUACCGCUUCUCCGUCACCAUGGUGGCCAGUUUCAUCACGCUGGCCGGUCAGCUCUUGAUGCCAGGCCUGGCUGUCCUGUGCAAGGACUGGCACGUGCUGCAGGUGCUCAUCGUCUGCCCCCUCGUCCUCAUGCUCUUGUACACCUGGCUCUUCCAAGAGUCCCUACGGUGGCUCCUGGCCACCAAGCAGUACAGCAAAAGCAAAGGCUUGAUGUCCAAGAUGGCUAAGAAGAACGAGGUGGAACUGGAGGAUCGCUACGGCGAUAUCCUGACAGUAUUGCACAGGGCUGUUCCGAACAAGCCCCAAAAGACGUGCAUCGUCAAGAUGGUCGGCACCAGGAACCUGUGGAAGAACAUCGUGGUCCUCUGCGUGAAUUCGCUGACGGGCUACGGAAUUCAUCACUGCUUUGCCCGCAGCAUGCGGGACCCAGAGUCCAAUGAGACCCCUCUGUUCCAGAAUUUCUACCAGGAUUAUUACACGAUGGCGGGUAUUGCCACAGCGGCGUGCAUCGCUCUGUGCCCGGUGGUGGGCCUGUUGGGCCGCAGGGGGGGUCUGCUCGUCUUCAUGAUCAUCACUGCCCUGGCAUCUUUGCUGCAGCUGGGCCUGCCCAACUUGCUUGGGAAAUACAGCGACCACCUAAAAAUAGAGCGGUCGGACACCCUGAACAGGAACUUCUCCAUCGCCUUCUCCGUCAUCGGCAUGUUCUCCUCCCACGCUAUCAGCAAUCUCAGCAUCUUCUUCUGUGCCGAGGUCACGCCAACAGCUAUCAGGGGCGGUGGCCUUGGCCUGGUCCUGGCCAGUGCUGGCGUAGGCAUGCUGGCGGCGCCCAUCAUGGAGCUGCACAACCAGAAGGGCUACUUCCUGCACCACAUCAUCUUCGCCUGCUGCACACUCAUCUGCAUCAUCUGCAUCCUGCUGCUGCCAGAGACGCGCAAGCAGCCGCUGCCCGAGGCCAUCGCAGACGGGGAGAACUACGCCCGGCAGCCCCUGCUCCCUCCCAGGAGAGCUGGGGAGCAGCACCACCUCCUGUCCCGCUCCCAAUCCAGGGAGUACACCCCUCUCCACCAGAUGAACAUCUCUGCUGCCCCCAGGCCGGCUUCUGCCGAUGACUUCGCUGAGGAUACCGACACUCCCCCUCCCACGGACUCUGCUGCACCCCUGGUCGUGAACUCCACCAGGCCCUCUGCCACAGACCCCCCCGCCACUGACUCCGCUGCUCCCCUGGGCACGCCGGACUCCCCCGCUCCCCCCACCACAGACCUUACCACUGUCCUCGUCACAGCAUCUGCAGAGCGUUCCUCCCCCGUGGCCACAGACGCCGUCCCCCCCACCACAGACUCUACCUCCUGCCUUACCACAGAUUCCCCCACCACCCCUACCAGAGGCCCAAUUCCACCCCCUCUCACAGAUGUCACUGCCCCUGUACUAGCAGACUCUGCUCUUACUCCCAAAACCGAUUUCCGUCUGUCCAUUGCAGACACAAUGACCCCUCCUGCUACAGACUCCAUCAGCCCCAGUGAUGCAACUUCCUGUCCCGUGGCAGAUCUCGUAAUGUCCCCUAAUGUACGCCCCCCAAGUCCCCUAGCUCCCUCAGGCUGUGUUGCUCCCCCAGCUAAUGGUGCUGGUCCUUCUUCCCCUGCCAAAGAUUCUCCCGAUCCCCUUGUCUCAGACUCUAUUGCCCUGUCCAUCAAGGACCCUGCCACUUACUCCCCUGCCAAAGAAUCUAUUACGUACCCCGACGGUGACUCUCCUUCUACCCCCGCAGGCAGUAACUCUUCUCCCGGGCCCUAUGCCACAGGCUGUACUGUAGCUCCUGCAAUAGACAUUAUUUCCCCCAGCAUUAAGGACACCACUGAACCCCCUGUUACGGACAUUGCUACCAAAGAGACUAGCACUGCCAAUGGAGUGAGGUCAUCGUGAUGAAACGCCCCACCCCCCUGCGGGGCGGGGGGAUAGGGGAUGGCCUUUGCCGCUGGGAUGCUACGGCGCUGCCGACGACCCGAGUCACAUGACAGAGAGUGAGGUAUCCAUCAGAAUGGUAGGGCAGGGUCUAAUUAAUAAAGAUGUUAUAAUUAAAGGAAUCUUCCUACACAUUGUCCCAGAGAGGAAGAGCGGGGAAUUGAUGAAAGGAAGGUUUGAAUUUGAAUCAUAGUGCCAUGAAACACUGUCAUGUCUGCUCUGAAUUUCCACCGCUCCCCUCUUUCGAACAUUUCAGAUUAUCGAAUGUAGUUCGGAAACGUGCGAGCUUUCGCACUGACCGAUCGCAGGCCGCAAUCCCGCACUUACAGCUUCACCUGAAACCAGCCGAUAGGCUGGCGGACUUCCCCAGUGUGUAACGGCUGGGAAUUUCUAUUCUUAUAAAAUUCCCAUGAUUCUCUGCUGCUUCACGGUCUUUCCACUGCUUAAAAAAAAAAAAAAAGGCAGUAAUUGUGAUGUGAGGUUUCCGCGUGACGUGAAAGUACAUCGAUUAAAAAUGAAAUGGAAAUUCAGUUGUGGGCCAGAGACUAAAUAUGGCAGGCAUUAUGGUCAUUGUUAUGUUUAAUUUGUAUAAUUGAAGUAAGAUUUAAGCAAACAGUUACACCCAGACAAAUGAAUAUGAUGGUUUGUUCAUUAGAGGAACAAAAAAAAUUGACGUGCCAAACAUCAACAUGCCUCACAGCUGGAAAGACACCUGUUUGCCUGGUUUAGGUCUGGGAAGUUGAAGGUCUUUUGCAGGUAAGCCUGGCCUGAACUUACUAAGAUGUUCUCCCAAAAUUCCAUUACCAGCCAAUCAGACGGCUGACAAACCAGAGCCCUCGGAGGUUUCUGAAUUUUACAGAUUAUUGUUUUUAUUAGUGCCACAAGAUAUUCUGUACACAUAAUUACUUAGCGUGAGCAAUUGCCAAUGUGCCCCAUGGCCUUCAAGGGUUCAUACUCCUUGUGUCCGAACACCCUAGGGUUGCACCCUACCCCUCAGUAGCGCUAUGGACCUUUUCAUGGAGCGGAGAAGAUGAAUUGCUUCGUAGCUGAGCUCGCCAUCUUAAGGCAUGUCUCUCGCAGGGGCGUCACUCAGUUCCAACCAUUACUCUGGGUCCAGCUGAAUGGUAUUUCAGCUCCUUAUGGUAAAAGCAGACAAACCCCACAGCCGGGAAACAUCAUCAUUUGACCAUCAUUGUUGUUUUUGGAACCAAAAAGUACCGAACGAAACCAAACUAAGAAAACUGGUGCAUUGAGUUUUUGAGCCCACUGGUCUCACCAUGUCCAGAGGUGCAUAAUUAGCCCUGUUCAUAAAGAAUUAUCAUACAUGCAUCCAAAGACCUACAGCGAGGAGACAUUAGGCCCCUGUCAUUUGGUGAUGUAUUUCCUGUGCUCUUUGUAGUAGAGGAUGUGUGAGCACCAUUGUGUUCGUUGCUCUGCCAUUCAGUGAAACUGUACACCUGUGCUUUAUGUGAAGCUACAAUCUCCUCCCUACUCGCUACCCAUGUCUUGACAAAACCGGCGAAUUAAAUCUCGAGAGAUUUCUGCGGCCUUUGUGAGCGUGGCCCUCAAAAGCUCUCAGACAACGGGAUUGAUUUCCGUGGAUUUCACGGCUUCAUUCAGAGAAUGGUUUUGCCAACUUCUAUGUUCCAGGCCAAAAAAAAAAAGUGUUUUGAUGGGCACAUUCAUUAAAGUGGCACAGCUGUGUCCUGGAUUUCACACUAUUUGUUCGCUACUUGUUGUUAGCGUGUAAAGUACUUGAUGUUGAAUAUUGUGCAGUUAGCGUCGCUAAGAUGUAAAGCUAUCAGGCAAGCAAACAAAUUCGCCGCCAUAACAAACCCUGACCUCUUCGUCACAUGACGUCGUCAGCGAAUCAGAUCUCAUAGUUGAAAUGUACAAAAAAAUAACAGGCUGAAUUUUGGUGAAUGUUGCUGUGAACGCCUAAUGUUUUUAUGCUUACCAAGCAGAUGUGUUGUUUGCACGCAAAUUGUUUUUAGAUGUUCUUGGGGAGAGCUUUUGUUGGUUUUAAUAAUACUUAAAGCUUUUGAAUGCAUUUAAUAAUCAUUUUAAUAUAUUAACGACAUAAUAGUUGAACCAGUUCUAACCAGUCUUAAGUAAAACCAUGUCAUCUUUAGAUCAAUGCAAUCUUGGAUUACCCCUCCGUUGAAUCAUCUUUUGUGUUUCCUUUUAAAUACUUACUGGGCACUGGCUGUCCUUCUGAAACAUUCAGAAAUUCGCCUGAAGGACAAAGGAGCUUUUGUUCUUAACAUGUGUGAGGUUAUUUUGGGCGAAAUGAAACUGUGGGUGUGUCUGUAUGCAUGUGAUCUGUAAUGAGAAACUGUCGAUUUAUGGUUGAUUCAGAAAAAAAAAAAAAAUGACUGGGAACGACCUCAGCUGUAUCCGCGACGCUAUUAAACCACACGGGUCACACCAAAGUAAUUCCUGCGGCUAUUUCUGAUUGUGUUCAGAGGAAGCGUCAUUUGUUUAUGUGCUGCUUUGCUGCCACUUAGGACGUUAGGGAGGAAGGAAUACAGCUUCUUCGAGGUGCAAGUGGCAUUUCAUGGAUUCGCCAUUUUUGACAGAAGUUCUAAUGAGCGACAUUGGAAUUCUGUCUUUGCUCGUUACCGUGACGACAGCGAUGCCAGUUAUAUUCUGGGUGUAUCCCUGACAUGGUCCUAAUGGCGGUUAAAAUUUAAUAAUACGAUUGAAUGUGCCAAAUAUUUUUUUUGGUGGAGUGCUUCUUUGGUGAUUUAAUCGGUUUGUGAAUUAAACAAAAAAAAUGUGGUAUUGGAAGUCGAUAUGUUAAGUUAUAUUAAUAACCUUAAGAUAAUUUAAAAUGCUUUGAUGUAGCAGUGUCGAAUUGACCCAUGUAUGUUCUAUGAAACACUGUUUCUAUAUUUAUUUUUUUCUGAGGCACUCUAUCCUCAAAUGUACAGGAUCAGUUACGAAUAACAUACACAGUAACAACAAGUACAAAUAGACUGAUUUAUAUUUUAACUUUUAGAAUGUUUCAAGAAUAUUAAUUGCCGCUAUUAUCGCUAAUCACAGCCGAGAACUUCCGGCAUAAAAGACUAAUAUUUUUUGUGCAUUCAGCAAUACAUGAAUCUGUUGGUUUUUGAUGAAUACGCGACAGAUAUGCAUCUAAUUUAGAAUGAAGUGCGGCAAUUAUUUCCUAAUUUAGGGUGUUGAGGAUUAUAAAGGUCAGUCCAUUUGUGGUAAACAGGUUGCAUGCUUUAAAGAACGGUAACACUUGUAAAUAGAUGUGUAGUAGUAAUUUAUAGAUUAGCCUUUACAUCCUCAUCAGGGUUAUGUCAACACGCAGUACUGUAAUCACUAUGACUGUCGAACCAUUACAGAACACUGUGGUGUGCUGUGCAGUAUUUUCCGUUAUGUUUACUGGAUGACUUUGAAACAGUAAGUGCUGUUUAGGUGUUUCUUUUUAAGACCUUUGUUUCAUUUCUCUCUGUAAAUUAAAACUUUGUUUUGAUGUCUGGCUAUUAUCUAGUGAGUCAGCCAGAUCCCUCUCCUUCCGCACGCAUACUUUUCUGGACAAUGAAUGAGUCAGGAGCUGUAGUAUUUCUGUUAUUGGAAAACGUGAAUUUGUGUAGGAGAAAUGGCCAUUUGUCCGUAUGUCUGAAAGCACAAUGCUUAGAUGUGAAUCAGUCUGCUCCUUUCUCCGUGUUGAUGUACGCCUUCUCUAAGGCACUUUUUCAACUGAAUGUGGCCUCUGCCCUUAGACACAACAAAACAAGAUUUUAUCGUGGUAAAACAUUAAAAGACAGUUCCAAGAAAAAAAGCACUGAAAAGCCAUCCUGUCAGAUUGUUCCUUUGGCAGUCAAUAGCACAGCAAUCACUGUAAAUACAGUGAAAUAUGAAACAUCAAUGAAUGUAAACCGCUAUUAUUUUUAAUACCAGUAAUCCACUUGUAAAUACACCAUAAAUGUCAUUCUAAUAAAGUCUUUAUCAAUCACUAAUUUUGAAGUUACUUCCAGCCUGUAAAUAACUCAUUACAAUUAUUUAAUGGUGUAAUUUAUGUCAUAAAAUACUCAAUAAAAAUGUGGCGAUUUUCAUGUUCA